CACGAAUUUGUUUUAGUUGUUUCCUACUUUCCUACCACGCGUUGUCUUACGCAUAGUAUCAUAGUCAAACACUUUUGCCAAUGACAUCUACUAACGGUACAACUGAAAUCUCACAGGCUGAUAAAAAUGUGGAAAUGUGGCGAAUCAAGAAGUUAAUCAAAAGUUUGGAGUCCGCUAGAGGUAAUGGGACGAGCAUGAUUUCACUUAUCAUUCCUCCGAAAGAUCAAGUGACUCGGGUGGCUAAGUUACUGGCUGAGGAAUAUGGUACCGCGUCUAACAUUAAGAGUAGAGUGAAUCGUCUGUCUGUUCUGAGUGCCAUAACAUCUGUACAACAACGCUUGAAGCUUUAUACUAAAGUAACUGAAGACGGCAAAGAGAAGAAAGUCAAUAUCGAUUUUGAACCGUUCAGACCAGUCAAUACGUCUCUGUACUUAUGCGACAACAAGUUUCAUACAGAGGCUCUAGUUGCUCUACUGGCAGACGAUAGCAAAUUUGGCUUCAUCGUCGUUGAUGGAAACGGUGCACUCUUUGGUACGCUAUCAGGUAACACUCGGGAAGUUUUACACAAGUUCACCGUGGAGUUGCCGAAAAAGCAUGGUCGAGGAGGUCAAUCUGCGUUGCGUUUCGCGCGUCUACGAAUGGAAAAACGGCAUAACUACGUCCGCAAAGUAGCUGAGACAGCAACUCAACUCUUUAUUACGAAUGACCGUCCUAACAUCGAGGGCCUUAUUCUUGCAGGUAUUGCUGAUUUUAAAAGCGAUUUAGGGCAGUCUGACAUGUUUGAUCAGAGACUGCAGGCCAAACUCAUUAAAAUAGUGGAUAUUUCAUAUGGUGGGGAGACCGGAUUUAACCAGGCCAUUGAACUGGCUACAGAUGCGCUCACAGGUGUAAAAUUCAUACAGGAGAAGAAGUUGAUUCAAAGAUAUUUUGACGAAAUAUCUCAAGACAGCGGCAAAUACUGCUUUGGCGUUGAAGAUACGCUGAAGUCUUUAGAAAUGGGUGCAGUUGAGACUCUUGUUGUAUGGGAAAAUCUGAGUGUUAAUCGCUAUGUUCUCAAAGUUCCAACCUGUGAAGAAAACAGGAUCAUUCAUUUGCGCCCGGAUCAAGAAACAGACCGUCGAUACUUUAUCGACCCUGAGACAGGUGCCGAUCUGGAGAUUCUGGAUACUCAACUUCUCUUAGACUGGCUUGCACUGAAUUACAGGUCCUUUGGAACAACAUUGGAAAUAGUGACGGACAAGUCUCAAGAAGGAGCCCAGUUUGUUCGUGGUUUCGGUGGAAUUGGUGGUAUUCUGCGUUACCAAGUUGAUUUCAACCAUCUGGCAGGUGGUGAUGUUGAUUAUGAAGAUGACUUUAAUCUUGAUGAUUACUGACAAACCAGUCUAACCUGCGGUUGGCGCAGGUUACCCUACGGCCGCUCAUCAUGGUUGCAAAGCAGACCUCAAAGGAUUAUUCUCAAGGAUGAUUUUUGCAGGAUUCAGGAACUAACCAAGUUAACAUCUUAAUUUCCAUCCCUGUGUUAUUAUAAACCAUUCAUCUAAGUAAAAAUCGUUCUUUUGCUGUUGUCCAGCUUGACCACUUGUGUUAGUCUCGCAGGACCUCACUUUCGCACCGAAUCCCGAAAUUGGCGCAGCGUUAGUAUGGUCUCGAGUUAAAAGUUUACGGAGGCAGCGAUUGUAUACGUAGUCUUAACCUCUACCCCGGCAUUCGCAUAUCAGGAUUUGUGUAUAGAUGUGAAUGCUAUCUCUGAAAAAUGAACCGAGCUUCGCACAAUUAUUGCUACCUAUUACAUCCGCCAGCUUACUAUGGUUUUCGGUUCCUAAGUCAAGGGCAGCGACUGAUUAUAUUGACAAAGAAUUGUAUGCCAAUCAUGAAUUGGUUUUGUGAAAGUAGCAUUGAAAAUGUAAAAGGAGAUAGCUGUGAGCCCUACUUUGUCCAUUGUCCGCUUUCGAGUUGAGAUGUGCCCCUAAUGAUUCCGUCUGCUCUUAAAGAAGUGGGUCUGACAGAAAAUUCCCUGGCUGAGUUGCAUCGAUUACAAUGUCAGUCUUGUCUGUAAAGAGGGAGGCUAGCUCGACGAAUCCUCAGAGCUGGGUAACUUACGAUAUAUCGUCUGGUGACUGUUGUAGUUGGGAUGAUUUAUCCACAGAACUCGAGUCACUUUCUGCAUAGUUGUGGCAUAACCACGCCCGGUGUUUCAGACUAUUUAUUUUCUGGUGUAGCUGCCACUACAUAGUUAUCAGCUGGCAUGCUGGAUUAACGAAUACACAGUUGCAUUUACUGAGUUUUAUUAGCUACGGUUGGGACUUAUCAUUCACAGUCUACAGCUGAUGGUUCUGUUACGUCCUGGGGCCUCUCGAAAACAACUUAAGAUUUCGUCCACAGUGUUAUAUGGAAAAAAACAGUAUCCUUGUGAUUUAAACAUCCUGGUGGUCACUUGGUUUCUAAGACAUCUCUAGUAACAUUCCCGGCUGUCUUUACGGACGGUGCUGGGGGAGCUGGCUGGUUAUUGUAGGCAUGGGACCUGCCGGUACUGCUUGGAUGACCGUGCUGCCGAAUCUGGAGCGUGCUCGUUAGAGUAAGGAACUAAAGACGAAAGCGGUAGUGCCACCCCCAUAGUAAAGGACAGUCUACUGGGAGUGAGUGUGGUCCGCCGAUAGAUUACAGGUCAUAUCACAUAGAAUUUACAUUUACUGUGCCUCGCGAACUCGAGCCUGGAAGUCAGCGAUUCCCAGCAUAGUUUGGACCAACA